AGUGUGCAGCAGUUGUGUGUAUGUGACGGCCGAGCCGCACCAUCAGGAAGUGGCAGGGUGUGUGAGCAGCUGUGGCUGUGGAGCGGCACUCUUCGUUGCACUCGUGCAUGCGCGCAGCCUGCAGGAUGGAUGCUCGGGGGAGGCUGCCCCUGGAUAUCUCCAGCAGGGACCCCCAGGAUGACUUCGAGCUGAUCCAGCGACUGGGGAGCGGGAGCUACGGGGAGGUCUAUAAGGCCAGAAAUAAAGCGAGCGGAGACCUGGCAGCCGUGAAAGUCGUCAACAAGGAGACUGACGAGGAUUUUUCCAUCAUCCAGCAAGAGGUGCUGAUGCUGAAAGGCUGCGCUCACCGGAACAUCGUCGCCUACCACGGCAGCUACACCCGGGUGAACAAGCUUUGGAUCUGUAUGGAGUACUGCGGGGGAGGGUCUCUCCAGGAUGUAUACCAAGUGACCGGAGCGUUGUCAGAGCAACAGACGGCGUACGUGUGCAGAGAGACCCUACAGGGCCUCUCCUACCUACACAACCAGGGAAAGAUCCACAGAGACAUUAAGGGGGCAAACAUCCUUCUGAAUGACCAGGGUGACGUCAAAGUCGCGGAUUUUGGGAUCUCUGCGCAGCUCACGGCCACUUUUGCCAGGAGGAAUUCCUUCAUUGGUACCCCUUACUGGAUGGCACCGGAGGUGGCCGCGGUGGAGCUGAAGGGGGGAUAUACUGAGCUCUGCGACAUCUGGUCUCUGGGAAUCACGGCCAUCGAGCUGACGGAGCUGCAGCCCCCCAUGUUCCACGUGCACCCUUUGCGGGUUCUCUUCUUGAUGUCAAAGAGCGGCUACCAGCCCCCCAAACUGAAGGACAAGUCCAAGUGGUCUGCCAGUUUUCACAACUUUGUCAAGGUGGCAUUAACAAAAAAUGCCAAGAAGAGACCAAGCGCCUCCAAACUGCUGACUCACCAGUUCGUGGCCCAGUGUGGACUCUCUGCCAGCCUCACGCAGGAGCUGCUGGAGAAGCUGAGAAACCCAGAGAAGCAGAAAGACGGCCCAGACGGACAGGAGGACGACGAGUAUGAGAUCCAGCCCACCUUUUCCCGCAUCGUCUCAAAGAACCUCCACUCCAAAGCCCGGCGCUCGGCCUCCGACAUCCAGCUGCGUCAGAUCAAUUUCGAUCGAUUAGCCGUAGCGGAUGAGUACGGAUCAGUACCGAAAAAAAUGGCAGAUGCCGAAAAUGAUGAAGGUCGCCUGAACCCCUGCAGUAGGAGCUCCGAUGAAGAUGAUGACAACGAUGAUUACGACGAUGUCGACAUCCCAAGUUCUGCAGGUGACGCCGGCAGCGAGAUGUCCCUGGAUGAGGAAGCCCCUCCCCCUCUACCUCCCAAGCCCAGAUUCCGCGCCUCCUCUGCCAAAACCAACGCUCGGCCGAACAGGCUCCACGUGCCCCCCGCUCUCGUGCGAUGCUCCAGCGGUCCGAAUGUCCCGAGGAAUCCGGGGAAGCUCUGGCCGGAGUGCGUCGGGAACCCGCUGACCACCGCCAACUCCGAGCCGUCCCUCUUGUUACAUCACCUCCCGGGGCCCCCGAGUCUGCCCCCCAAACAGAGGAAGAAUCAGAAAAAAAUCCGGUUCCGAAAGAUCUUUAAUGGAUGCCCCCUGAAAAUCCACUCGGCAACCUGUUGGAACGACCCCACAUCAAAAAAUACGCACAUUAUCCUGGGAGCCGAGGAAGGGAUCUUCACCCUGAACAGAGCGGAGACUCGCGCCUCCCUGGAACUGCUCUUCCCCGGCCGCACGACGUGGAUUUAUUCCAUAAACGACGUUCUGAUGUCGGUUUCCGGUAAAGCCUCGCACCUGUACUCACACGAUCUCGUGGCUUUGCACGAGGAGUCUCGGAAGGAGCCACGGCUGGUCCACAUCCCCACGCACAGACUACUGCUCAGGAGGAAAUCUAUAUCCAGCAAGGUCCCCGACACGAAGGGCUGUAAGAAGUGCUGCGUGGCUCACAAUGCCUCCAGUGACCGGCGCUUUCUGUGCGUGGCGUUCCAGAGCAGCGUCCUCCUCCUCGAGUGGUACCAACCCCUCCAGAAGUUCAUGUUACUCAAGCAAUUCGACUUCCCCCUGCCCUGCCCCCUGGGGCUGUUCCAGACGCUGGUGAUACCCGGGGAGCAGUACCCGCUGGUGUGUAUCGGGGCCAAGAAAUGCCCCUCCCCAGGCACCGGCGUCCGCUUCCAGACGAUCAACCUGAAUUCUCUGACCUCCUGGUUCACGGACUCCGGGGCAGGCAGCACGUGUCCGGGACCCGUCCAGGUGAUACAGACAGCCGGUGACAGGGCUUUGGUGCUGGCAAACAAUACACUAAACUUUGUGGACCUCCGUGGAGAGCCCGUCCCGCCGUGGCCCGUCCCCGAGGUGUCGUUCACGUUCCCUGUGGAAUCUGUAGUUAUUUCAGGGGACAGCAUCCUCGUUUUCGGGAAGGAAAGCUUCCAGGUGCUGAGUACGACGUCUGCAGAGGUCGUAGGCGAGUGCAGCGAUCGAUCCUACCGCCUCUUAUCCUCCGACAGGGUGAUUGUUGUGGAGGCUUUCCAUUCCGCCGGCAGAAAUGCUACAAACCUUUAUGUCCCGGAAUGAGGAUUACGUCUCGCGCUCCGUGGGUUUGGAGGGCGGCCGUCGAAAAGUAAAUAAUCUGCAUACAUGACAAGCGUACCUGGCUAGUGGUAGAUAAAUGGAUCAGCCUCCCAGCAGAAGUGGUCAAUGCAGUAAGGCAAUGGCGUAGGCCUACGGCUCCUGAAUCAAAGACGAGACCGGCGCGUGUUUAAGGUCUGAGAAAGGGGCGACCAGACGAGGGCCGGAUGGGUCUGGGUUUUCGAUGUAUUGCACCCCCAGAUAUUUGGGGAGACCCCGGGUGUAAGUGCAUCGACUUGUAUGAAGCUCCCGCUGUAACAAUUAAACGAACCUUCUGUUUAUGAAAGCAGGUAAA